AUGCGUGACUCGGAUGUCUCGGAUGUCAGGGUGCAUUCUCACCUCCUUGUUGUCAAUUCUGAGUCCUCGACUCCUCAACAUUCAACGUCAGCGUCAAUGUGGUUGAUUAACAGACUGCUCUAUUUCCUAUCAGGCCGGCCGGCCCUUACACUCCCCAACGAAAUCUAUGGCUUGUUUGCCUCACAUCUUCCUCCCGCAACUCUUCUUGUUCUUUGUCGUGUUUCGCGCGGUGUUUAUCUCGAAGCCCGGAGACACUUAUACUCUUCUCUCGAGCUCAAACCCAUAGUUGACCGCAAAGAUCGACAACCUGCCCCGCAGCGCGGCCUCUCGCAACUUCAUUUGUGGAUCCAAGCAUUGGCUAGCAACCCAAAUCUUUCGGUAUAUAUUCAGACCGUUAUACUCCACCUACCGCAUGACUUAGGUCCCAAAGAUGCUAUACAGCUUGCCUCUACACUCUGCUUAUGCAUCAAUCUCAAACAACUUGAGUUUUGUCGACAAGACAAACCCUGGGUCGGGGGAUCAGUCGACACAAAGGUCGCGUGUAUAUUUUGGCAAACUCUCCAGGGAUCCAAGUUUCGAUUGACUCGUUUCCGGGACACACUUUUCGAUACUCGCACAGCACACUCCGACGCUUUCCAAGCUUUCAUGGGGCAUCAGCGCGACCUCGAGUAUCUUACGGUAAGACAAGAUAUCAAAGGACUCAGCUUUCCGAAGCUUCGACGACUCGAAACCACGCCUAACAAUCUUUAUCUCGCGGAUCGGUCGUUGUGUCUGGAAGAAAUGAAGCUUCAUGUCGGGAACAACAUAAAACGUCCUUCUGAAUGGCACGUCCUUAGGGAGAUUGCGGCGCGCCGGCGAGACUUCCCAACCUUUGCGCAACUUGAGGUAGUCGACCAUCAUGAUCACUUCCUCUUUGCAGCUGCGCUUGUCCGGCCGCUCGCUUGCAUGAUUCCCAACAACGCGAAUCAUUGGAACGAUUUGGUGUCUGCUUUGGGGCAAGCGUCCCAUCUCGAGGCAUUCACCCUGACAUUCCACCCUCACGUUUAUGCCAGAUUGUCAGCAUGGUCUGAAGCACUCCAUCGCGUCAUGUGGGGAUCGAAGACUAGGACUCUUCGUUAUGUCGAGGUCAACCCUGGCGGUUACACAUCGCGUCGCUCUCUAUAUCGCCGCAAGGAUUGGCCUGCAGUUCCGCAGACCAGCGAUGAUAUGUUACAGUGGACCAUAUACAUUAUGGAGGUGUAA